UACAAAUACCAAGCAAAUUCGAAAACUCUAAAAAAGUAGGGCCCCGCUGAUUCUCCGAGUGCCAAAUUUCUCUUUCUCAUCCCCAAUUUCGCCGCCGAUCUUCGAAUCUCGGAACCCUAAUUUAUUUUUUCACUUCUGUAAUUGUUCUUCCAGAAAUCAUAACAUUUCAACGUUCAAUUCAUUCGGAAAAAUUGAGGGUUGGAGAUUCAAGAUCAGUCAAAAUGGAAGUCAAUGGAAAGUCUGACUUAAAUGUUCCGUUAUUGGAAGCUCAGGAUAGUGUGACGGUUAACAUUUCUCCACCAACUCCAUAUGACGAUAAGAAGAUUAAAACGGCGAAAUUCAAGAUAAAGGGUAUUGAGUGUGGAUCUUGCACGACCUCAGUAGAAUCUGUGGUAGGGAAGCUUAAUGGAGUUGUGACUGUGGUUGUAUCACCAAUGGAUGGGCAAACUGUUGUCAAAUACAUGCCAGAGAUGGUUGAUGUGUGAACCAAUAGGGAUCAGAUCUUGGCCAUCCUGCCUCCCUUCUCAAUCUCAGAAGAUAGUUGUUGCUGAUCUUUUCUUAUGUGGCUCUUAUCUAACAAAAAUUAAGCCAAAAAGAAUAAGAGAAACCGUAGAAAAUGCAGGAUUUCAAGUUGAAGGUUAUCCGGAGCAAGAAAUAGAAGUAUGUCGACUGAAAAUAAAAGGAAUGGCAUGCACCAGCUGCUCGGAGUCUGUUGAAAGAGCCCUUUUGGUAGCUGAUGGAGUGAAAAAGGCUGUGGUUGGUCUUUCUCUCGAGGAAGCCAAGGUUCAUUUUGACCCAAAUGUCACAAACCCCAGCAAAAUCAUAGAAGCAGUAGAAGAUUCUGGUUUUGAAGCUGAUCUUAUUAACCCAGGUAAUGAUGUGAACAAAGUGCACCUAAAGCUUGACGGAGUUCAUUCCCUUGAAGAUGUUUCGACUAUCAGAAUUGCUCUUGAGUUAGCAGUUGGUGUUAAUCAUGUUGACAUUGAUAUGGAAGGGAAAAAAACCACUGUAAGCUAUGAUCCUGAUGUUACUGGUCCUAGGUCUCUGAUAAAAUGCAUCAGAGAGGCUUCUGUCGGUGUAACUUGUUAUGAUGCGAGCUUGUAUGUCCCUCCAAGACAGAGAGAUCUGGAUCAUUGGAAUGAGAUCCAAAUGUACAGGAAUCAGUUCUUAUGGAGUUGCCUUUUUUCUGCCCCAGUAUUUGUUUUUUCAAUGGUACUCCCAAUGCUUCCACCUUAUGGGGAUUGGUUAGACUACAGGAUACACAAUAUGCUUACUAUUGGAAUGCUGCUAAGAUGUAUCCUUUGCGCACCAGUGCAGUUUGUCAUCGGACGGAGGUUUUACAUUGGGGCAUAUCAUGCGUUGAGGAGAAAAUCUGCUAAUAUGGAUGUUCUGGUGGCUGUGGGAACAAAUGCUGCUUACCUCUACUCUCUCUACAUAUUAUUUAAAGCUUUGACUUCCAAUGACUUUGAAGGGCAAGAUUUUUUUGAGACUAGUGCUAUGUUAAUAUCUUUUAUACUUUUGGGCAAGUAUUUGGAGAUUGUGGCAAAAGGGAAGACGUCAGAUGCUUUAGCAAAGUUAUCCGAGCUUGCUCCAGAUACGGCGUGCUUGGUAACCAUAGACGGUAAUGGAAAUGUCACCUCAGAAACAGAAAUAAGCACUCAACUCAUACAGCGGAAUGACUUGUUUAAGAUUGUUCCUGGGGAAAAGGUCCCUGUUGAUGGGAUUGUUAUUGAUGGUCAAAGCUAUGUAAAUGAGAGUAUGAUCACAGGAGAAGCAGUGCCAGUUGCCAAAAGACCUAGUGAUAAGGUCAUUGGUGGGACUGUAAAUGAGAAUGGCUGCAUCAUAGUAAAGGCCACACAUGUCGGGUCAGAGACUGCCCUUUCUCAGAUUGUUCAGCUUGUGGAGGCUGCACAGUUGGCCAGAGCCCCUGUUCAGAAAUUGGCUGACCAAAUCUCAAGGUUUUUUGUUCCAACUGUUGUUGCUGCAGCAUUUAUUACAUGGUUAGCAUGGUUUGUUACCGGAGUAGCUGGUGUUUAUCCAAAACAUUGGAUCCCAAAAGCCAUGGACAAAUUUGAACUGGCUCUGCAGUUUGGAAUAUCUGUUGUUGUGGUUGCUUGUCCAUGUGCUCUGGGACUGGCGACUCCUACUGCUGUCAUGGUCGCCACUGGCAAGGGUGCUUCACUAGGUGUGCUCAUCAAGGGGGGAUCUGCACUUCAAAAGGCGCACAAGGUUAAAGCUGUGGUCUUUGACAAGACAGGAACGUUGACGGUAGGAAAGCCAGUUGUUGUCAAUGCUGUUCUCUUUUCUGGGGUUACACUGGAGGAGUUAUGCAACAUGACAAUUGCCAUAGAGGCAAACAGUGAGCACCCCUUAGCAAAAGCUGUAGGUGCACACGCUAAGACCUUACGCAAGAAACAUCAAUCAUUGGCUGACCAUGUUGAAGAUGCAAAGGAUUUUGAGGUGCACCCCGGAGCCGGAGUUGGUGGAAAGGUCGGUGACAAGAUAGUUUUGGUGGGAAACAAGAGACUCCUACAAGUUUAUAAUGUGCCAAUCAACGAUGAGAUUAAGGAGUAUAUCUCAAAAACAGAGAAUUUGGCCCGAACUUGCGUGUUAGUUGCCAUUGAUGGCAAAGUUGGUGGGGCCUUUUCUGUGACUGAUCCAGUGAAGCCAGAGGCAGCUCGUGUCGUUAGAUUUCUCCAGUCUAUGGGCAUCUCAAGCAUCAUGGUAACUGGUGAUAACUGGGGUACUGCAACAGCAAUAGCAAGAGAAGUUGGGAUUAAUCAAGUUUUUGCCGAAACUGACCCAAUUGGAAAAGCUGAGAAGAUCAAAGAAAUUCAGAUGAAAGGCGUAACAGUGGCAAUGGUGGGAGACGGGAUUAACGAUUCCCCCGCCUUAGUUGCAGCUGAUGUCGGAAUGGCAAUAGGCGCUGGCACUAACGUUGCUAUUGAGGCAGCUGAUAUAGUUCUCAUCAAGAGCAACCUAGAAGACGUGGUGACAGCCAUCGAUCUAUCUCGAAAGACAAUGUCCAAGAUCCGGCUAAAUUACGUGUGGGCCCUCGGCUAUAAUGUCUUAGCCAUGCCAAUUGCUGCUGGAAUUUUAUUCCCCUUCACCGGGAUUCGGCUUCCGCCUUGGGUUGCUGGUGCUUGUAUGGCUGCUUCAUCUGUUAGUGUGGUCUGUUCUUCUCUUUUGUUGCAGUCAUACAAGAAGCCUCUGAAUGUUGAAAGAAUUUGAUGGCUGACAGUAGACCUGUUCAAUGGGCUGGGGGCCCAUCAAUAGCCCGGUUAAUUCUGGCACGGCCUGGCCCUAACCCGGCCCGAUGAACAGGUCUGACACACCAUCCUCAAUAUCAUGGCAUAACUUGUACAUAGAUUUUUAUUGCAGAAGUGGAAUCUAUGACCACUAUUUAUCACACAUUCCUGCAAUCUCAGUAGAGCACAGUUUUGUAGGCUAUAUCUUAGACCGAUCAUCUUGAGCCCGGCUCGGAAAAUAGCGGGUUUUAGUCAGAAUUUCUAGGCCCGUUUUCUGGGCCUCAUUUAACCCGUCCCAAUUUUGAUUUUUUUGGGUGGAUUUUGGGCAACUAAAAAAUGAAAUUUUAGUUAUAAAAUUGGCCACGGCCUGAAAAUGGCCUGAAAAGCCCUCUAUUUUUUACACGAAAUAGCGGCUUUUGGCUGCUUCAUCUGCUAGUGUGGUCUGUUCUUCUCUUUUGUUGCAGUCAUAUAAGAAGCCUCUGAAUGUUGAAAGAAUUUGAUGGAUGUCUAUCACACCAUGUUCAAUGUUCUUGGAAUAACUUGUACAUAGAGAUUUUUAUUGCAGAAGUGUAAAAAAGUAUGUUCAAUUCAUUUAUGACCAUUAUUAAGAAGAGCACAGUUUUGUA